AGCGACAAUGAAAUUGCACCUUAUCGCUCCAGGGACUUAAAAGCAGGCUAUGACACCUCUCAGUCUUCUCUCCGCUUUGACAUAACCAAGUAGAUUGGCAUUUUGCAGACACUUAUGUAAAGAUAAUACGCAAAAACGUAUAUACUUAUACUCUGAAUAAAAAAAUUUUGAGAGGAAUUUAAAGAAGAAGCAAAUAUGAGAUUAACGUCUACUUUAUUAAGACACGUGGGAGAAUGGUCAAAGAAAUAUUCAAAUUUACCAGACAGUUAUAUACAGCGGGCUAUGGCACAGGUUUAUUGGAGAACACCUCGUAAGCCAAAUUAUUUGCCACGUACGAUUGAAAAGAAAAAUUUUCGUUUCUCCAUAUUUCGUCCAUGGACUAAUCAAUUUCAUCGUGAUAAUAGGCCUGGUAAGAAACACAAGUUCAUUCAUGUCGAGCCUAUUAAAGAUUGGAGUUUCUUUAGAGGUGAUAGGGUAGAAAUUUUAGAAGGGAAAGAUAAAGGAAAACAAGGGCUCGUAAAAGAAAUCUAUCAAGAAAGGAAUUGGAUAAUUGUGGAAGGACUUAAUACAAAACUGAGAUGUAUUAUGAAAGACAAAAACUAUCCUGGUACAUUUAUACAGGAGGAACAACCAUUACUAGUAACUUCACAGGUGCAAUUAGUUGACCCUUCAGACAUGCAAGGAACUCAAAUAGAAUGGCGAUAUAAAGAAGAUGGCGAAAAGGUUCGCAUAUCUCUGAGAACUGGUAGAAUAAUUCCUGUGCCUGUCGCGAGUGAAGAAACAGUAGAUUAUAAAUCUCAGAAGUUAUAUAGAGAGCAACCCAAAGAUACAAUUAAAGCCGAUGCAGAAAAAGUAACUUUUAUGCCAUCAUUAAAGACUUUUGAAAUGGAUAUCAUGGAUGAAAUGGGUAUUAAAGAGGACCGUAUUCAGAAAAGCUCUUAUUGGUAUUAAUCAUUGUUAUAUACAAUUUUCUGUUAUUAGUUUCUCUACACAAUUACAAUUUUUAAUAAAUAUAUUAAGUAAAUGAAAGAAUCAGAAUACA